AUGGGCAGGGGUUGGACUUAUCACGAAUGUGGAGAAUAUUUCCUUGAGGAAUCCAUUCUCUUUGAACAUCAGAGUGCUUACCCUUUUAGCCAGAAGUCAAACCUCACUUCAAUUCAGAGAACUCACUCAACUGACAGUAAAAUUGAAUAAAAUAAAUAUGGGACCUCUUUCAGUGAAAAGUUAGUUCUUGGUGUAAAACAGAAAGCACACACAGGAAAACAAUCCUAUGAAAGUCAUGAAUGUGGAAAUAUCUUCGACCAGAAGUCAGUCCACACAAAGCAUCAGAGAAUACACAUAGGAGGGAUAUUCUAUGAAUAUCAUGAAUGUGGAAAAACUUUCUUCAAGAAUUCUAAUCUCAUUAAGCAUCAGAGAAUUCACACAGGAGAGAAACCUCAUGGAUGUCACCAGUGUUUGAAAUCCUUUAGUGAAAAAUCAACCCUCACUCAACAUCGGAAGAUACACAUAGGGGAGAAACCAUAUGAAUGUCAUGAAUGUAGGAAAGCAUUCUCAUUUAAGUUAGUCCUUACUGUACAUCAGAAAACACACACAGGAAAGAAGCCCUAUGAAUGCUAUGAAUGUGGGAAAACAUUUCUCAGAAAAUCAGAUCUCAUUAAACAUAAAAGAACUCACACAGGGGGAAAACCUUAUGAAUGUAAUGAAUGUGGGAAAUCCUCUGAGAAGUCAACCCUCAUUAUACAUUUAAGAACUAACACAGGUGAGAAACCCCAUAAAUGUAUUGAAUAUGAAAUUUUGUUCUGCUUCUAUUUGGGUUUCAUAGAACAUCAGAGAAGAAACUCAGGGGAGAAAACUUUUGAAUGUAAUGAAUGUGGGAAAACGUUCCAUCAGAAGUCAGCCCUAAUUGUUCACCAAAGAGCUCAUAUAAGACAAAAACCCUAUGAAUGUAAUGAAUGUGGAAAAUCAUUCUGUGUGAAGUUGAAACUCAUUGCACAUGAUAGAACACAUACAGGGGAGAAACUCUAUGAAUGUAGUGUUUGUGAGAAGUCAUUCUAUGUGAAGUCAAAACUCAUUGUACAUCAAAGAACACAUUUUAUAAGAAAACCUGUAAUUAUAAUAAAUGAGGGAAAUCACUCUGGGUGAAGCCAAAACCUUGUAG